CCUGUCAUUUAUCUUUUAUUUUUAUUGAACUGUUUUCUUGUUUUGAUUCGUUUUGUUUUCUUUGCUAGGGAAAUAAGAAUUGUGACAGGAACCAGACCAAAAAAGCGAUGGCGUCAAUGGAAAGUGGCGUGCUGGCUUUGCAAAAUGAACUUGAAAAGGCAAAGGAAAACCUUAAAGAUGUGGACGAAAAUAUCAAAAAAUUAACAGGACGUGAUCCAUUUGAACAAAGACAAGGAGGAAAUAGACGAUUGUCUCAGUCAGGGGAUUCGAGGGGUCGAGGACGUCCAUUCACACCUGGUGGCAGGAGAUUUCCAGACAAUGAAGGACAUGCAGCUCGUAGACUUGUUGGAGGAGCCUUCUCAAGGCUUGGUAUCAGUCCCAGGGCUGCUGGAAGAGGACGAGGAAGAGGAUUCGGAAGAGGAAUUGGAAGAGGAAGGAGGACUGCUGAUAGUGAUGAAGAAGAGGAACUUCCCAAUAGACCCACUAUCCAGUCUUCUGUUGUACUGACCCCUAAAGAACCCAAAUCAAGACAAGUUAGUAUAGAUGAGCAGAAACCAGACAAAAAAAGCACAGCAAGAAAUAGAAGAAUGUUUGGAUUACUACUUGGAACUCUGCAGAAGUUUAAAGAUGAAGCAAAAGAAUCAAAGGACAAGGAAGAUCAGAGAAAGCAGAUAGAAAACAAAUUAGAAGAAAAAGCUAAUGAAGAAAAGGAAGAAAUUGUUAAAGAAAAACGCCAGCUUUUCGAAGAGAGAAGACAAACCCAAGUCAAAUUACGUAAAAUUGAGCAGAAAAUUGAAAUUGUAGAAACAAGUCAAGAAUGUCAAGCUGAGAGAUUGAAGCUAGCUAAUUUUAUACGAACCAAGGCAAAACCACCCAUUUUCUAUCUGCCUAAAAUAAUGAAUGAAAGUCUAGAAAAUAAAAAGAAAGAAACAGCAACAGCCAUAAAUGAAAUGAUUACCCAGAAACAGAAGCAGCUUGAUGAAGAGAUAGAAGACUUGAUGGCGGGAGGUCAUGAUCAUGAUCAUCCAGAGGAAGAAGGAGAGAAACAGACUGGGGAGGGCGCAGGGGAAGGGGAAGGUGAUGGGGAUAAAAACAAAGAGGAACAACCAGACAAGGAAAACCGUGUUUCCAGACAUUAUAGGUCUAAAGCAGAUGAAAUUGCAGAACAGGAAGAAAUCCCAAGUAGAAAACGUAGAAAAUCUAGUGGUGAUAGGGGGGAUAGGCAUAAAUCAAGCGAAGACAAGGAUCGCAAACAUAGAAAAUCUGAUGAACAUCAUAAAGAUGUUCAUAAAAGUGAAUCAGAUAAAACAAGUGACAAUAAACGUAGAAAAUCUGAGCACAGUGGUGAUCGAGCAGAAGGUAGGCAUCGGAGAUUGAGUCAUGGGGAGGGGGAUAGGAAAGGGAAUCGUGAUGGUGAUAGAGAGAGAAGCCGUGGGGAGGGGGAAAGAAGAAAAAGUCAUAGUGAAAGAGAUAAAAGAGACGGUGAAAGAGAUAAGAGAGAUGGUGAAAAAGAUAAAAGAGAUAGUGAAAAAGAUAGGAGAGAUGGUGAUAAAGAUAAAAGAGAUAGUGAAAAAGAAAGGAGAGAAAGUCAUCAUGGUGAUAGUGACAGACGCAGAAGUCAUGGUGAUGAUGGACACAGAGAAGAUAGAAGAAGCCAUGGGGAAGGGGGUCAUGAACAUGAUAAGGAGGGAAAGAAGAAAGAUCACAGAACACGGGAACCAACAAAAAGGACAGAAAAGAAAGAGGAUGGCGUUAAAGUGUCAAUUGACUAUGAUGAGCAAGAGGGGGAGGGAGAAGUGAAUGAAGAAUCAAAUAAACCUGUGGAGGUACCAGAAAUUAAACCAGAAAUUAUGGACUUCAGUAAUAUGGCAGACAUUCCAAUGCCAGAUGAUGUGCAACUUCCAAAAACAACAUGAUGAAUUCAUCAGUUAAAAUUUUUAAGUCUUUGGAAAGUGUGAAUUUUUUUAUUAUUUUUUUUAUAGAUGCACAAUAAUUUAUUUUUGGGCUAACCUGGGUCUGUUUCUAAAACUUAAAACCAGUCAAUAACAAGUUUUAAUUUUUUCAAAUAUCUGCAAUGACUUGGUAAAGUUGGACCAAAGCUUGUCUUAAUCAUCUGAUUUAAAAAUUACAAGGAUUUCCCCAAAAUUGACCUCAAACAUAAAGUGUCAUCGUCAUUCAGAGUGCAAAAAAGGACCAUCUUGCCCUUGUUUGCCUUGUCAGCAUUUUAUAGCAAUUAAAAGUUAUAUUAUAGUUUUAAUGUUUCUUUCUCUGCCUUAAAAUAUUCCCAAAAUAUGUUCAAUUUUGAAUGCCUACACAAAAAUGGUUAUAAGAUUAAAAGAGCAUUUUCUCGAUUCACACUUUCCAGUGACUGCAUUUUCAUAUUUUCAGGAAAUACUUCAGCUUGUAGUUGGUGAUAGUGUCAGUUGAAUUGAUCAAUUGAAAUUAGUGGAAUUCAUUUUUCAUUUAAAAUUGGUCCUUUUAUUUUAAAAAUGUUGAUUAUAAUCUUUCUUUUAAAUAUUGACCAAUUUUUAAAUUUGAAUAUAAAGAGAUAAAGACAGUUGAGGUCUAAUAGUUUAAUAUUUUUUUUAUGUUUUACCAAUUAAAAAUAAUUCAGAACACUUGAAAAUAAUGGAUUUUAAUUUCUGUAUUUAAUAUUGAAAAGUUUUGUGUUUUGGAAACAAGUGAUAAAGGUCAUUUAACAGGUCAUAAAGGUAAGUAUCAUAAUAAGACCUUUAUCAGUUGUUUUCUUUCAUAAAAAUAUUUUAUACAUAAAAAUGCAAUGUUUGAAAUGUGAAGUGUCUUUGAAUCAUGUAAAUGUAUCUAGUAUUCGGAAAUCUUAUUAAAUCAUGUGUUUGCAAUGUGAAGACAAAGGAUAUCCAUGAAUUAUUUGUUUCUAAUGAAAUUGAUAUAUAUUUCAUACUAAAUAUAUUCAAUUUAAAAAUGACAAGUAGUUAAAUAAUACCUUGCUGCUAUAUUUCAAUACUUUACUAAUUUUCUAUGUGAAAUUGUUGUGAUUUCUUUUAAAACAAUUUAUUCCAAACUUCAUAAUCAUGUUUAACAUGUAUACUCAUUAAACAGAUCUAAAUGUAUACUUCUAUGUUGAAAUGUUAAAAGUUAUUUGUAAUUUAUUAUGAAUUGGAAAAUCAAAUACUUACUGUAAGUUGUUUGUUAGUCUUAUAAAAUGUUAAUAUUCAUAAUUUUAUAAAUGACAUUUUUAAACCUUU